AUGGUCAAUGGAGACCACGGAGCAUAUUUUGUUAAUAAUACGGGUGGAUAUUCCUUAACUCAAAAAAGAAGCUUAGACGGUAAAAUUGAAAUAUCAAUAAUUGGAACAAAUCCAAUUAAAGGUUUACUUAUUUAUGCACAUGAUGCAAUCGGAAAUCGGUUUGGUAAUUUCGAAACAAAAGUUGCUGGUGUUGCAGCUAAAAGCGACUGUGGUGGAGUUGGUUUAUCAAACACAAUGCAACAUAGUGAUGACACUUUAAAGAAUUUGCCGUUGACUUUCACUUGGUCACCAACUCCAGAUGCAAGUGCAGAAAUUGUACAUAUUGAAGCGUUAAUUGUUAUAGAGUUUAGAAGUUGGUAUAUCUUGAAGAAAAUAAGUUUCAACUAUCUGGAUCCAACUUCAUCUAUUGAUACUACUGACUCGAACACUCUACCAACAAUUCCAACCACCUCUAUAAACAAUAAUGACAAUCGUUUCUUUGGUAGAUUUGUUUUUAGUGAAGAAGAACAAAAAGCAUUUAUCUCUCCUAAGCAAAUAGAAUUAAGUGGAAAAUUUGUAGACAAUCCAUUUAAUCAGGUAGUAAAUGGACAAAAGAACACAGUUAAGAUUACCUUUGAUAAUAAGGGCGAACUCAAUUAUACUAUUACCGUAAUAUCGGGGAGAUUGGUUAAUCCAAGUAAUCACGAUGAAAUAUUUCGUAACUUGACAGGUAUUAAAUAUAGUCUUCCAGUGCCACCGAUGGAUCAUGUUGAAGUUUCAUAUAGUUUUUAUUCAGAAUUUCAGCCACAAGAAUUAGAUCUUAUUAUUAAUGUUUUCUUUACCGACAAGGAUGGUAAAAUUUAUAGUGGUGUUGGUUAUAAUUCAACUCGUGUUACUAAAGACGAUGAUGAUGCUGCUGGAACUGCAACUGGUUCAACUGCAACAACUAGUAAUGCAACCUAUGAUGAAAGUUGGAUUCCUGAACAUAUUUUAAAAUCAUCACAAGGUCGUACUUCAUCUCGUAAUAUAAUAAUUGCAGCAGAUGAAUUAUGCUUGUCAUUAUUGGUCGAAUAUUUACAAGAUCGAAUAAUAUCAAAGAAAUAUCAGGCAAUUAAAAACAAUUUAUGUUACUGUUUAACAAUGACAAAUCGAUAUCAAAAUCUAAGUAAAUUAUAUUUACAUUUUAAUUCAUUGAUGAAAAAUAGAGCACAUAUGAUAUUUCAAUCUUUUGAUUUUAAUCUGUUGGAUAAAGAUAUUUUAAUAUCAUUGCUGAAAUCAAGUGAUCUAAUGAUGGAUGAAAUUGAUGUGUGGAAAUGUGUUAUUAAAUGGUGUUGUCUCCAACAACCAAACCUACCUUACCCAAACAAUUUAAAACAAAAAGAUUUGGAAGUUUUAAAAAUCAGAUGUAGGGACUUUCUCCCAUUUAUAAAUUUUAAUCAUAUUUCAAAAAAUGAUUUUAUUUCAAAUAUCAAGCCUUUAAAAUCUAUUUUCGAUCCAGAGUUUUUUGAGAAGAUUGAUGAUUAUUAUAAUCUAGCUAGCAAGAAUUCUUUAAUUCAUUAUAAUUUAUUAUUGUCAAAGCGUCGAGGAAUCAAUUCAAAAUUAAUCGGAAUCUGCCAAUUGUAUUUGAUAUCAGAUUGGUUGGAUGGUCUAACACCAUCGUCAACAUAUUUACGAUCACCAUCAUCAUCGUCAAUUCGUUCUUGGACAAUGCCAUAUGAAUUGAAAUUGAUAUUAAGAGGAAGUGAAGAUGGAUUUACACCAAGAACAUUUUAUCAAAAAUGCAGUAAUAUAAAUUCAACUUUAAUAUUAAUUAAAACAUCAGCAUAUGAUUUAUUUGGUGGUUAUAACCCUUUAAGUUGGUCUUCAAUAGCAUUUAAAAAAAUCAAAUCCAAGAAAAGUUUUAUUUUUAGAAUGGAUUUAUUCAAUAAUCAAAUUCUUAAUACAAGAUUAAGUAGAGUGAAGCUUUCUCAUCACGAACAUGCAUUAAUAAAUGAUCCUAAAUCGGGCCCUAUUUGGAAUAGUGGAUUGAGUUUAUACAGUAAAAAUAUUAAUGAGAAUUUUGUUUGUAAAGUAUUUAAUGGAAAAGAACAACAUUAUGAAAAAAAACUUUUAUAUAGUAAACAAGAACUUCAAAGAGGUAUGUGUACAUAUAAUAUUGAUGAAAUUGAAGUAUUUCAAAUAAUCAAAAAAAAAAUUUUAUGUUAA